GUCGGUCGGUCGAGCGCCGUCGACACUCUCGAUAGCAGCCAUUUUCUGUGAAAGUUGAGUGGAUUGUCUGUGAAUUUUCGUGAAAAGCACCUCGAGUUGACGGGAUUCGGGCGCUUCGGAUGAAUUUUACACUGACAGAUGGCUUGCCUUAACAACCUGAAGCAAGAAAUCAAAACUCUGGAGGCCAUCUUUCCCAAAAACCAUGAACGAUUGCAGAUCUACUCGGCUAGUGUCGACGAGUUGAGUUGCAGGUUCGUCGGCAAGAAUGGCAAAAAAUACGACAUCCACGCCAAUAUCACCGAAACAUACCCGUCCACACCUCCUGUCUGGUUUGCCGAGUCGGAGGAGACAAGCAUAACAAAUGCGGUACAGAUCCUCACUAACACCUCAGGAAGAGACAAUCAUGUAUUGCAUCAAGUACAGAUCCUGCUACGGGAGUUGUGCCGUCUGCACUCGGUGCCACUGCCACGGGAGAUGGACCAGCUGUCAUUAGACUUCGUUUCAGGAUUCAAUGCCGGCAACCCAGUGCCGCCGAAGCCGGACGAGGAGAUGGAGGAGGAUGAAGACGACGACGACGAUGAUGGCGAGGAGGACCUGCAUUUAGACAUGGACGAGGUAGAAGUUCCCUCAAAGAGCAAGAGCGAUGAGAUGGAGCAGGAGCAUCUGGCCACUCUAGAGCGGCUUCGACAGAACCAGCGCCAAGACUACCUCAAGGGCUCCGUGUCUGGAUCCGUCCAAGCCACCGACCGCCUAAUGAAAGAGCUGCGGGACAUAUACCGAUCAGACAGCUUCAAAAAACGCAUAUACAACGUCGACCUGGUGAAUGACAGCCUUUACGAGUGGAACGUUCGGCUCAUGAGUGUUGACCCAGACUCUCCGCUGCACAACGACCUCGUCCUGCUCAAAGAAAAAGAAGGGAAGGACAGCAUCCAGCUCAAUAUAAUCUUCAAGGAGACGUAUCCUUUUGAGCCACCGUUUGUCCGAGUUGUCCACCCCAUGAUCUCAGGCGGCUAUGUGUUGGUGGGAGGUGCCAUCUGCAUGGAGCUGCUAACCAAACAAGGCUGGAGUUCUGCAUACACGGUUGAAGCGGUAAUAAUGCAAAUCGCGGCAACAUUAGUAAAGGGAAAAGCGCGAAUCCAGUUUGGAGCAGCUAAGGUCUGCAACCAAAUCCAGGGUCAGUAUAGCUUGGCCAGAGCCCAGCAGUCUUUCAAAUCCUUGGUACAGAUUCACGAAAAGAAUGGAUGGUUUACACCGCCUAAGGAGGACGGCUAACAAGUGUGCCGAUUGUUGCCCAAAACUCACUAUGGACCUCUGUUACAUACCCGCACUUCAGAGUUGUUUUUUCAACAGCCGACGCGAAACACGUGCGACUAGUUUUCCAGUUUAAGAAGCCGUGACAAGUUUGAUCCGAUAAAGAAGCACAAGAACUAAAAGGUGGCUACGAUCCAACUGCAUUUUUCAGUUCUCUGUUGAAUUUCGAAAAGUUAUUUCGCGGUGCAAAGUGAAUGAUUGUGUUUAACUGAUGUUAAAUAAAUGCUUCCUUUUUGCAAUGUAAGUUUUUGUACGACAAUAUCAUCAGAUUUCAGCUACAAAGUCGCGUAGGUGGUAUAUUUGUUUGCGUUUGUGUGCUCGGGAAUGUGCAACAUUUGUUCAAGACGAACUGACGAAUUUGAGCAAGCUACAGACCAUGAACGCUGCCAACGUGCUGUACAUAAGAGUUUCUGCAGCCAUGUGUGAUAUUUUUAACAGACUAACUUCUACAAAAACACUGAUGAUAAAAGUGAAAACACAAGUAGCGCGUCAGCACUGAAAAUAGGCGGAUGCGCUGAAGAUAAAUAUGUAAAAAACGUGUGUAGCCAUUGUAUCUGACACUCAAAGGUAUAAACAGUGAAAAAUGAUGGAAAACGUACUAAGCACUCAGAUCACCCACCAUUUGCAUGACGAUAGCUGAGAAAUCAGAGCACAUUCCAUAACUCUGAUGCUUAUUGGACUGAGAGCAACUAGGAGAAUCAAAAUUUUGCAUCGUUAUAUCUCGGGCUUUGCACAUGAUUUGCUUUUAACUCUCAAUAGUGCGGUUGGGCUAAAUAUCUACAAGAAGCCAGAAUGAUUCCCAAUAAAUAACCAACGUAAAGUUCACUGUAGAUGUUUGGAUUAGUUCUGUAGAAAUUAUUCCCUUGAGAAGACAAGCUUUGGCGUGCUUUUUGGAAAUUCAAAUUAUUUUCAAGCUUGUGUUUGCUGCGCCACACUGACCAACGAAUUUAUUUAAAACUGUUAUUUUUCUAUUGCAGAAAAACAUUUCUGGCCUCUUGAAGUUUAAAGCAAGUCGAAGCUGCAUUUCGCAAAAAGCAAAAUUUUGAUCUUGUGUGCACUCACGUCCUUUCAAAGAAUAUAUGAAAAUUAGGAGUACAUCUCUACAAAUUUAAUAUCUCUUUCUCUAUUGAUCCAACUACCUAAUGUCGUGUUUACCUCUGUUUGUGAUGCAAUGAGUAAUUUAUUGAGGUGGAGUAUCAAUAUUUCGACAUGUCUGACUCGAUAGUGAAAUUGGAUUUCUUAUUCUUGUUUGUAAAUUUGAUUAAUGUAUUCCACUUUCUGUUUAAUUUCUAAGCUUCAAAACGAGUGUACAUUUCUAGGACACAAUUCUGUUGAUUGCUAGCAAUAAGUUCUGUGAAUUCUGCUUUAAUAAGACAUGUGAAUGUGUAAUGAGUGGAGUGUCUUCUUAAUUGACUUGACAACUGUUGUUGGUUGUAAUAUAAAUACUAAUUCUUCUUUUCAAAACAAAUAUAGCACAUUGGGUGUAUUGUAAUCAGACGACAAAUCAUCCAUUUUAAAGGCCAAAUAGCUACAUACAAAUUUGUUCGAUCGCAAGUCUUCUUUAGAGAUCAGUUUUAGUUCCUAAUUUAUCAAAUAUCGGAGCAAAAUCUGUUCAGUCACCUAGACCCAAUUGAAAAAACCAAUAUUAAUAGUUCCCUUGCAUUGUUCAUAAAUGAUAAUUAAUGGUCACGUGUAUGUGCUGAAAAGAGGACUUUGUCUCGGUUUCUUGUCGCCUACAAGAGUAUUUUAAUUGUCUUUUGAAGUGCUUUGUUGAAUUGAUCAGAAUGAAAACUGAGGCAGGCAAUGAGUUUUGUCAAGUUUGCGGAGAAUUGCAUCUUGUUUUACUGUAACUGUUAGCAUCUAAGUGGAAGAUAUACCCCCUAGAGUAACAAUACAAAUUGUAUUUCAUUACUGUAAAAUAAACAUAAAGUGCUUAUAAUACAA